GUCUGGGCGUCAUGGCGUGCACGCCACCAAGCAUUCGGGAAACAUGAACUUGGAGCCAACCAGAAAGCCAGCAGCCGGACAAGAAGACAGAGCCUCAGCCAACCACAGUGACCGGUGGAUUCCUUUCGAGUUGGUCAUGCGGAGAGCAUGAGCGGCUCUCCGAAGAGGAGAAACAAAUGGAUGCCCACGUCCGUCUCGGUGCCAAAGAUUCUUACCAUCGUUGAAGAGUGCAGCUGCUCGUGUGGCCAAGCCGACGCAGUCGAAUCUUCUAGGUGCCAUCUGACUUGUUCGGGGUCGACUGCUGCGGCCGGCACCGACCUUAACGACCUUGGCUCCGACACGGUGACACUUGAGGACUUCGACGGUGUCGACGACAUACUGGCGGUCAGCCAGGUGUCCGAGCGAGCAUCGUGCUCGUCCGCCGCCGGCGGCUCGGGCCCCGGCGGUGUCCCUCCGUCGGCGCCCGGUCGUCGCAAGCCUGCGCCCCUGCUGCGCGCCCGCACGCUGCCGGCCAUCGUCACCCCGAGCCUGUGCAUCAUACAGGCACAGCUUGACGCGGGCCAGCAGCAGGGCACCGCCAUGACGCAGCACCGCCAGCCCAGGCACGCCAAGAAGAAGCAGCAGGCGGACUCCUGCAAGGGGUCCCCGGACAAGGCGGACGCGUCCCCGCCUUCGGCCAGGCUUCUUGCGCGUCGCAGUCCUUCCGGGGGCACCCUGAGGACGCGGUCGACGCAGGACACUUCAGCGCGUAAGUGGCACAUCAUACAAGAAAAAAACAAAUAG